ACUACAAGAUGGAAGAGAGAUCUUUAAUUUAAAAAAAAAUGCUGUGGGAGAAGGAGUUUUGACUAAAUUAUAUCAUAGAGAAUGACUGUUUUUAUUUUAAUAAAACUUUUUUAUUAUUAUUUAAUCAGUAAUUCUCCUGCUAAUGUAAUUUACCAGCCAAUACAUUAAUUUUAAAAUUAAUAUUGUACAUUUUUUAACACAGAAUAAAAACAGAGCAAUUACUCUGUCAAAUAUUUGAGCUCUUUAAAUUGCUUUGAGGUGUGUGAAAAUUGAUGAAUAUCUGAGGUUAAUGAAUUGAUCUGCGGUAAGGCAAAAUAGCCAAAAAAAAAAAAAAAACUCAAUUUCUAACCAAUGUAACAAAAAUAUAAUCUGCAUCUUUUUACUGCUUUUAACUUUAAAUUAUCAUGAGUCAAAAAACAACUAUCAGUGGAAAGCAAAUGUAUUGCCUUGUAUUUUAUUAUUUCGCUCUAAAUUAACCUACACAGUAUAUGGUAGACUAAUUCAUACAUAUUUUAUAGUAAAAUUAAAUUGUCAUGUUAUUAAAUGUAACAUGUUUCCCUUGCAGCUAAUCGAGUUUACUGUAGGCUACAUUCUUUUUUAUAGCCUAUAUUAAAUAGUUUUUACAGUAGGCUAUAGUCUUUAACAGAACCUAGUUUGACAAUUUGAAAUAAAAAAUGAUACUCAAUCAACCAGAAAGAUUAUUCCCUUUAAACUGCGGUACAUUUACUAUUUUUGCAUUUGGCUACUGUAAGAAAACAUGUCUUUUCAUGGUUAUAGCAAUUAGUUCAGAAUACACAUUUAUUAUUUACUACUUAGUCCAGUUGUUUCAGUUUUUAAUUGGUAUUUAUAUUUUAAAAGCAUUAUAUUUAUUAUAUUAUACCGACAAGCAAACACUAUGACGCGAACCAACGCAUCUUCACUGGCGUCGGCACCUAGUCGACCAAUCAAGCGCGACGCAACUAAAACGCUCCCAGUAUACUGCAAGUGAACGCGACGCACAGCUCUCACUGAUAGCUUUAAACAGAUGGCUGUGCUGGUUUCUGUGUGCUGUACCUUUGCUUUUCUCUGAACAUUUGGUGUCAGGAAAGUUGCGUUAACUUAAUUGCGGAGAUUUUUCUGUACUAAUCUCCACAGAUAAACUCCACAGAUAAACUCCACAUUGAUUUACUUAGGUAAACAUCAACAGCACUGACAAGUGGAUGUAAACUCCUAGUAAAAUGGAGCACCUGUCGUCGACCACCAACCGGUUCGUAAAUGCGAUGUACAGACAACGCGGUAAGGGUUUUUUAUAAACACUAUAUAUUUUAUAAUUAUGGAUUUGCAAAUGUAGGUCAAAAACGCAUCUGACCGAUUUUACAUUAAUUUGGAAACUUUAAUAUGGUCUCUUUCUCUCUGUUUACACACUUUCAUUGACUCCAGAUCCUGAGGUAUGAAUGCAUAACAAUUCAACUACUCAUUUAUGAUAGAAAUGCAGUUAGAGCUGUAACAAAACAAUCAAACUGUGCUUGAAUUCACGACCCCCACUUCUCUUGAACCUUGCUGGAGGAGAUCAGAGCAUUAGUGAGGUAUUAAUGUGUCUGAACUAAUGAACAGUGACAGGCUGGAUGCAGCUCACGUUGUUUGCAUUAGAGACUGAGGCGCUUUCUGUGCUGAAGCUGUGUUAAUGUGUGACGUUCAAACCUGUUGAGCGUACACUGUAAAAGUACACUGAUUGUAAUUUUAACUGUAAAAGUACAGUUAAAACAUGUUAGUUGGUUAACAUUAAGUUUCCUUACUACAUACGGGGGAAAACGGUAAAAUAUAUCUAAUCUAACAUUUAAUUUCAUGUAAAUUUACAGUAAAAUUGGAGAAAAUUGGAGCUUGACAGCCCCAGUCCACAUUCACUUUUUUUUUUUUUUUCUAUGGAAUUAAAAAGCAUUCUUUUUUGUGUUUCAUGAAUAGGUUUAGAACAACAUGAAGACGUGAAGUUGUCUAGUUUAGCCAUAGAAGACUGUGAGGAUGCUGAACUGGCCUAUACCAUGAGAGACCUGCCCCCUAGAGCCGGUCACACUUUCCCUGGACAUGAGACGCCCAUGAUGGACAGGGAGCCCGAUGGCAGCACCCACCCUCACACCCCAGGGACACCCACUUUCACACGACCAGUGAGCAGAAGUUUCCUGGGUUCUGAGCCGGAGUUACCCCGCCGUGGCCAGCUCAGCUCCAUGAGCUCUCUGGAUUCUCCCCUGAGCCCCUCUCGCCCGAAAAGUCCUUGGGGCAGAUUUGACCCCUAUGACUCCGCUGAGGAUCAAGAUAAGGAGUAUGUUGGCUUUGCAACGCUGCCUAACCAAGUGCACAGGAAAUCUGUGAAAAAGGGGUUUGCCUUUACUCUUAUGGUGGCAGGGGAGUCAGGUUUAGGAAAAUCUACACUAGUCAACAGUCUCUUCCUCACCGACCUUUACAAAGACAGGAAAAUGCUGAAUGCCGAAGAGCGGAUCUCACAGACAGUGGAGAUCACAAAACACACUGUGGCUAUAGAGGAGAAAGGAGUUAAGCUGAGACUCACCAUCGUGGAUACGCCAGGCUUCAGUGAUGCUGUCAACAACACAGAGUGCUGGAGGGCAGUUGUGGACUACAUUGACCAGCAGUUUGAGCAAUACUUUCGUGACGAAAGCGGCCUCAACCGUAAGAACAUUCAGGACAACCGUGUGCACUGCUGCCUCUACUUCAUCUCUCCUUUUGGCCACGGUCUCAGACCGAUGGAUGUGGAGUUUAUGAAGACGCUACAUGAGAAGGUCAACAUAGUUCCUGUGCUUGCCAAAGCAGACAGUCUCACUCCAGCGGAAGUCAGAAAAAUUAAAAUGAAGAUUCGUGAGGAGAUCGAGAGAUUCGACAUCAACAUCUACCAGUUUCCUGAGUGUGAUUCAGAUGAGGAUGAGGAGUUCAAACUUCAGCACCAGGAACUGAAGAACAGCAUUCCUUUUGCUGUAAUUGGCAGUAACGUCCAAGUUGAAAGCCAAGGCAGGCGCUUCAGAGGCCGUCAGUACCCCUGGGGUGUCGUGGAAGUGGAAAACCCAGCACACUCUGACUUCCUAAAGCUGAGGAACAUGUUGGUGCGCACACAUAUGCAAGACCUGAAGGACAUGACGCGGGAAACGCAUUACGAGAAUUACCGCGCUCAGUGUAUCCAGAAUAUGACCCGCAUGGUGGUCAGGGAGAGAAAACGCAGUCUGUGUAACCGGCUGAGAGACAGCACCUCAGACCUUCCUGUGCCUUUGGUGCCUGUGGACAGAGACACUGAGCGCCUUAUUUGGGAGAAAGAUGAGGAGUUGCGGCGAAUGCAGGAAGUUCUGGAAAGGAUUCAGGAACAGAUGCAUCAUGGACAUUAAGAUAGACUUAUCCAUUAAUUUAAAUUUUAUGAUUGAAAUACAGUUAGAGCUGUCAAAGGUCUAAAAUGCAGGAAACUGCAGUGAAUAUAAUAUUAACUGUAAAAUGUAUGCGUGUCCUGUAAAUGUAGCUGUUUGAAGGAAUAUGUCCUAAAUUAGCCUUCAGAAUCAUCAGAAAAACUAUGGGAUGCAUCUAAAUAACUCAUUUAGCGGACAAAAAAAACUUUAUUUUGUAAUGUAAAUAUGAACAACUAUUGUAGUACACAAGAAAUAAGAACAGUAUAACUUGAUUUGUAAAUGUCAUAAGAUUUAUUAUGAAUCGUCAUUAUGUUUUUUUGUAGUAAUCUAGCAUAUUUUUAAUAAGAUUUAUUACUAUUUCAGUUAAACAUGGUGGACAAUUCGAUCUUAAUGCAGCCCAAAAUGUACAGGCGAUAUAUAACUUAAACUUUCUCCAUAGGGAAAAUGCACAGUUUUUCAUAUAUUUAUAUAUAAUAUCAAUGUAGAAUGAGGUCUAACGGUCCCGUCCACAUCAUACAGUAUGAAACAUGGUCCCAAAAAUGAAAUAAGGGGAGGGAUUAACAUUUAAACAAACAAACAAAAACUGCAAUCUACAUGCAAAACCAGGCAUCAGUAUAAUCCUAAAAUACAUACACAUAUAUGUGAAUGCGUGCAUAUACCUCACAUAUAUACAUACAUCCAUACACAUAUAUUAAAAAAAAUGAAAAACAAAAACACACUAAUAAAUUUCACAAAGGUUAGGCUA